UCCCUACCGGUCGCGGGGCGGGGCCGUGCGCCUGCGCGGAGCGGACAGUCUGGGGGGCCCGCAGCCGCAGGGUGGCAGGCAGUUGCCGUGGGGACCGCGGGCCCCUCCCUCCUCCGGUCCUCUGCCCCUGGCGUUCCCCACCGAGGCGCGGCCGACGACCCGGCUUCCCUGCCGCCGGCCCGGUGGAGCUGCAGACGGUGCCCCGCGAGAGGCGGAGCCGCUCCCAAGAUGUCGCAGACGGCCAUGUCCGAGACCUACGAUUUUUUGUUUAAAUUCUUGGUUAUUGGGAAUGCAGGAACCGGCAAGUCUUGCUUGCUUCAUCAGUUUAUUGAAAAAAAAUUCAAAGAUGACUCAAAUCACACAAUAGGAGUGGAAUUUGGCUCAAAGAUAAUAAAUGUUGGUGGUAAAUAUGUAAAGUUACAGAUAUGGGACACAGCAGGCCAAGAACGAUUCAGGUCUGUGACGAGAAGCUACUACAGGGGUGCGGCAGGGGCGCUGCUCGUCUAUGACAUCACCAGCCGAGAAACCUACAAUGCGCUUACUAAUUGGUUAACAGAUGCCAGAAUGCUCGCAAGUCAGAACAUCGUCGUCAUCCUCUGUGGGAACAAGAAGGACCUGGACGCCGAUCGGGAAGUCACUUUCCUAGAAGCCUCCCGAUUUGCUCAGGAAAAUGAGCUGAUGUUUCUGGAAACGAGCGCACUAACCGGGGAGAACGUGGAAGAGGCCUUUGUACAGUGUGCGAGAAAAAUACUUAACAAAAUUGAAUCAGGUGAGCUGGACCCAGAAAGAAUGGGCUCAGGUAUUCAGUAUGGCGAUGCUGCCUUGAGACAGCUGCGGUCUCCACGACGUGCACAGGCCCCAAGCGCACAGGAGUGUGGCUGCUGAAGCAGCACAGGGUGCACAGGGACUUCCGUGGUGGCACAGUGGUUAGGAAUCCGCCUGCCAAUGCAGGGGACAUGGGUUCGAGCCCUGGUCCGGGAAGAUCCCACAUGCCGCAGAGCAACUAAGCCCAUGAGCCACAACUACUGAGCCUGCACUCUAGAGCCCGCGAGCCACAGCUACUGAGCCCGCGUGCCUACAGCCCGUGCUCCGCAACAAGAGAAGCCACCGCAAUGAGAAGCCCGCGCACCGAAACGAAGGGUAGCCCCCGCUCGCCACAACUGGAGAAAGCCCGCGCGUAGCAGCAAAGACCCAACGCAGCCAAAAAAUAAAUUAAAAAAAAAAUACUUAAGGAUUUUACCAGCUAAGACGUUUAAUGAACCCUGUUCAACUUAAUCCCACCAGGUUGCCAGAGGACAGCUCUGUUGUCUCAAAUAUCACUCUAAACAGCACCAUCUGCUAGGGCUCAGAAGUCUGUUCGGUGAACACUGGAUCCUGGUAUUUAACCAGAAUUCAAACAGCCUGAACUUUCUGCUUCUUUUCAUUCCCUCUUUGCUUCGGGCUGGAGUCACAGUGUUAGUGCUAACACAGUCAUUGCUUUGUGGCUCCACACAUGAGGCCCCCUCGUCUGCCGUGUCCUCAGGCCUUCGCACAGGGACACUCCAGGGCUGAGUCCGAGGAGAACCAGACCUCUGGGGGAUGGAUGAGCAGGGGAAACGCAAUCACUCUAAUUUAAUCCAAAGAGAAAACGAAGGUCUAUGGGCUUCCCUGGUGGCGCAGUGGUUGAGAGUCCGCCUGCCGAUGCAGGGGACGCGGGUUCGUGCCCCGGUCUGGGAGGAUCCCACGUGCCGCGGAGCGGCUGGGCCCGUGAGCCGUGGC